UUGUUAGUGAAAAGAUAAUACGGUAAAACUUGUCUAUUCCGGCGGAGGUUGGUUCUGAAAAAGUUUGACGGAUUAGGCACAUCCGGUUUGGAGGACAUUGUUGCAAAUUAAUUUUAGUAGUAGAUCUCCAUCGUCUAUUGUUGCAAAAUGAUCAAUUCUUCUGAAAUAUACUAGACCUCGUCGAUUGUGAUUACGGUACACUGUACCAAUUGCCAUUCUCAUUUUUUUUUAGAAAACAAUUAUUCUAUGACGGAGUACAUACAAUGGGAAUACUAUUUCAAUAAAAUCAUCGUUAUUGAUAAAUUUUCAAACAUCCUAUUAACCUGGAAAGUCCGACACGAGACAAGUGCAUGCUCCACCGGAAAUUGUUUAACAAACAUUAACCACGCUAAAAGUCAACAGGUCGCUGAUUACGUUAUGGUGAGAACUGUUUUGAUGCAGGGAACAAUGGAUAUGAUGGCCAUAGAAUGGAUACCCAUUUUGUUCAUUUAUUCUUUAACUAUGAAGUCAGGAAGCGGAUCCAAGUGUUCAACUAUCACUCGCUGCAGAUGUUAUGACGUCGGAAAAAAAUUGUUUGCGGAUUGUUCUGAUCUAAACUUAAAUACAGCGCCACAUUUUCAAGAUAACGUCAUUGGUAUCAAUUUAGCAAAGAAUAAGUUCUCAAAAAUACCACAAGCGCUUCCAAAAAAUCUUUUAUACUUAGACAUUUCGAAUAAUAAUUUAGUUUCGUUGGACAAUGGUUCGAUUGCUAGAUACAGACUACUUCAAAAUCUUUCCCUUUCGGAAAACAAGCUCCAAGAAGUUUCCAUUGGGACUUUUGCAUCAAAUAUACAUCUAAGGAAUUUAGACAUUUCGUUCAACAGAAUUUUGACAAUUGAGGUUAUGUUCAACGUAUCACAUGAUUUGAAGUCUUCCGAAAUACAGACUCUAAAUUUUGAGAAAUUGCAUUGUACAUAUGGAGUCAGCCAAAUAAUGCGAAUGUAUCAUGUGGCCUCUUUACAGCAUACGGGACUUCUAGAACUAAAUUUAGCUUCAAAUCGAAUAAACAGUUUCGAACUAGGUGUUCUAAACUUGCUCCCUAAGUCUCUACGCGUUCUUAAUAUUGCGGACAACGUUUUGAGUUUCGGAUUUUACAUCAUGGAAUUUGCGUCCCUUUCAAACGUACAAAUUUUGAACGUUAGCUUUCAAAAUUCUUUUCACCAGGUUGGUACGAACGGAGAUUUUUUUGAACAUUGUAAUGAUUCUAGAAUUUUAACUUGUAAUUGUGAAGGUCUUCGCAAAAACAGCAACAGUUGGAAAAAAUAUGACAACCUUGCUACUCCCAUCUCUUUUCCUGAAAAUUUGGAUAAUUAUUCUAAAAAGGCAAACUUUACAGUUUACCUCCCGAAGAAUUUACGCAGACUCUAUUAUCACGACAAUUUAUACAAAAUGUUUAUUCCGUUCUUGCCAGUCGGACUAAAUAACAAGUUAACUCAUUUAUUUGUUUCGCGAAACAUUUUCUACGAAGUUAUUGGCCCACUCACUGGGAUGGAACACGUUAGAUACAUUGAUUUUUCAGAAAAUUUUUGCAAGUCUGUUGCCAAAUCAUUCCUUAAUCCUUUCACAAGUCUGGAGUUCUUAAAUGCAUCCAACAAUGCCUUGGCACAGGUAUUCGAAAACGAUAAAAAUGGGGAAUUGUUCAUGUAUCAAAAAAGGCUGUCAAACCUAGAUCUUUCAUUUAACAGAAUCGCCCAUCUUCCAAAACUAGUGUUCCAGCACAACUGUAAUAUGUCACAUUUGAAUUUGAGCUACAAUGCACUCAGUGACUUUGUUGUAAAGAUUGAUCAUAUGAGAAACUUAACCAGGCUAGAUCUGUCCUACAACCAACUGUCAGAGUUAGGUCCAGAGAUACGGUCCUCAUUAAAUACAUUCGCAACACGUACUAUUCAAGUAAAUCUGGUUGGAAACAACAUGAAAUGCUCUUGCGAAAAUUUAGACUUUCUUAAGUGGAUUCGUGAUUCUAAACAUAUUGAUUUUGUUAGUGUAAAUGAUUAUACCUGCUCGUUUGGAAAUGAAACGGCAACCUCAUUUAAUGAAAUUGGGCAGAUCGUUCAGAUUUUGGAGAAAAAAUGUUCGUCAUACACAAUCAUAAUAGUUCUGAUGACGACAUUAAUCAUUGUUUCCAUGACAACCACUGUAAGUCGCAUACUCUAUAGGUACCGAUGGAAACUACGAUAUAUGUACUAUGUUGCCAAGGAAAAGUAUAAAAGCGAAAGUCAUUUAUGCGAGGGCAGAGAUCGGAGUUCUUUUCGCUUCGAUGCCUUUAUUUCGUAUGCUGACGAGGAACGACUGUUCGUCUUUAACCUUGUAAAAUAUCUCGAGGAGGAAUGUAACUUGCGAUUAUGCAUUCAUCACAGAGAUUUUAUCCCUGGAACAGGCAUAGCUGACAACAUCACCAACGCGAUUCACUGCAGCAGACACACUGUCUGUUUCAUGACGUCACAUUUUCUGCAAUCUCAUUGGUGUAUGUUUGAACUAAAUAUGGCACGUAUGGAAGCGAUUUAUUCACGGAACGGACAAAAUGUUUUAUUUUUGGUUGCUUUAGAAAAAGGAACAAUGAAAAAUUUACCUCUUCAGUUGAUGGAUCUUGUCGAUAGUAAUUCGUAUUUGGAGUAUCCAGGAGAGGAAGGCGGGUUUGAAAUCGCUGCGUUUCGAACCAAACUGGGAGAGACGCUGGCAGCAGGAUCAAACUGACAAGCUCCAUUCAAUUGCCUUAAAAGUAUAAAGAAUGUUAUCCGUUCUUUAUCAUUUCGUCAGUCACUUCUCUUUAAUCGUUCUUAAGAAUUUAGAUAAACUUCGUAGUUUCUACAUAAUGUUUAGUGGUGCAUAUUACUCGGAAAUUACAAUUUCAUAUUUCUCUUGGAAUUAAGGUCAGGUUGAACUAAGAAUUCAGGUCAGUUAAUUUAUGAACAGUGUUUCUGUCUGUUUCCUCUUAAACCAAUGCAAAGAAUAGUAUACAACUUUGUAGGAAAUAAGGACACGAUUAGUGCAUAUUGCGCUUAAAAUUUCAUUUUAUUAUGUUUCAAUUUUUUAUAAUCAAACGAUCAGUCUUAUGUUAGUCAUUUAAGGUAAAAAUUCAGGCAUCAAAAAGCUAAUAGGAUUUUGUUUCUUUGAGCUGGAAAUUAUGUUCAUUUAUUGAAAGAAAACGUUGUAGGUUUCUUGACACCCAAUGUAAGGGUACUCAUUGUAUGGACGUUCAAAUUUCAUUAUUUCUUUUUUUCAUCUUAAACUUGUGUUUAUUUUUUUGAAAGACAUGCUUGUUAAUAAAUCAAAAUUGAUAUCUUAUAUAAAUUUAUCAGUUUUGUUAAAUCAGUUAAUAUUCAACAAUGUAAAACUAAUCAUAAAGAUAUAAACACUAAUUUACAAAAUUAAGUAAAUGUAGACAAUGCCCGGAAAGAAAAAGUGAGCAUAUUCGUAACAAGAAAGUAAAUACAUAUUAAUUACAUUGAUAUGGUGUACUACAAAUAUAAAUACAUCUUGACAUAUAAAAGUGAGAAUAGUCGUAACAGGAAAGUAUAUUGAUAUGGUGUACUACAAAUAUAAAUACAUCCUGCCAUAUAAAAGUUACACUUUCCUUUGUCCCUUGUCAAUAUCAUAUAUCGCAUCUUUCACGAUUGUACAUGCUAAAUAAAACAAGUUGCUUGCAAAACUAUGAACACUCGCUGUGGUCAACACUAUAUCUACACUUUCGCAAAAUAUAAAAUAAUGACCACGUUGGAUACAAUUCUUUUCAUGGAACAUACAUAGUGCUGAUAUUUUAGUCACCCGACAAAAAUAUCCCAAAAGGUAUAGAUAUCUAUGAACGUAAUGUUUAAGGCGAGGUAACUCGUUUUGUAUGAUAUAGAAUAUGAAAUGGCAGCAAUUGUGAUUAAUAGUGAAAAAGAAAAAGAAACAUAUUACAAUUUGAUAGAAAACAUUUAGUAAUAUUUUUGUGCUAUAACACUUGAUCCUCAUAAAAUUUAAAAAAAAACCAACCCACUGGGAAAAAAGAUAUCAAUAAGUUUACACAAAAACUUGAUAAAUUAUGUUACAAUAAGACUAAAAAAUGCAUAUUUGAUAAGCUUAACAUGCUGGAUUAUUGAACAAUUUAAUGACGGUGAAUGAAAUCAAUUUCGACGGGAGUUUGUUCUUCGUUUUUGUCAUGUAUUUGAUUUUAGUUUCGAAUUCUUUGCACCAUUUCUUACUGUAACCAAGAUCUUAAAUAGAUCAAACUCUAAUGCCCUGAAGCUAAAGAUUGAGUAUGGUUAUACAAAAAGGGUAAUGAAGGAUGGGUAUACAGUUGUGCGUAGGAAAAAAAAUGAAAUUUAAGGAUAACCUAUUAAACUGUCGGUGAGAUAAAUCUUGAAAAAUGAGAUAAAUAAAAGCUCUAAAAUAUAUAUUGCCUAGCAUGAUUGCUUUUUUAUGUUCUUCAUUUAUUAAGAUAUUUCGUUUGUUUAUCGAUGCAUUUUUCGUUUCCUUUUUAUUUAUAUGGCCACAUCAUUAAACUAUAACUACGUUUUAUGGGAGUAUGAAUAACCAAAAAGGAAAAUAACAGAAAGCAUCAAUACAUAUUUUAUUGGUCUUAAUUUUCAUAAUAAUUUGUAAAUGAGUUGAACAUAAGGUUUCCUGUUUUCUUUGUUUUGUCUUAUAAUUUGUAUUCAUUGUUCAGAAGAAUAUAUCGUAAUCUUUAAAAUGAUUAGAAAUGAAUAGUUAGUCUACUGACAAUAUAGAGCAAUUCCUUACUCACUGACCCAGCCUUAGAUCUGGCAGGACUGGAGAAUAAGGCUGUUUAAUUUGACACACAGAAAUAAUAUUACGUUUUCUUACAAUGUUCUCUUUGUCUAAAUCUUACACAAACAGCAUUUUCUUAACUUUCUAACUAAUUUAUUUUUUAGAUAUUUAACAGUUCUGAAUUUGACAAUUUGAAAUAAGGGUCCCUUUUCUUACAGCGUUUUACAUCUUUAUUGUAAGAUAGCAAUCUCUUCGUUUCCUGUAUAAAAAAUUAACAUUUCUGAAGGUUUUUAAGGUAAUUUAUUUUUAUACACAUAAAUCCGGCAUAUAUUAUAUGUAUACAGGUAUUGUAUAUUCGCAUUUUUUUCUGAGUAUGUGACAUGUUGUUUUGGACAACAGGUUUCUUUAUAAAACUGAGAGAGCAGAAAAAUGACACGGAAACGUAUUUAAAAACUGUUUAUUUACACGUCAGGUUCGUUAUAAUAUAUUUUUUAAUUAUUUUCUUUUAAAAACGUUCAUGUUCAUUUUCUACUUUUAAAAAAAGAUAAUCAAACGAUGGCAUUUCACAAUUUAAGGUUUUCAAUGACUGAAAGGGGUCAAACUUUUUCCAAAAAAAAAAAUACAAAUGAUGAAAUCUUCAAGAAGUUUAAUAUCACUAUCAAAAAGAAAACUAGUUGAAUAUUGAAUCAUCAUUACGUAUCCUACUUUAGCAUCUUUAUCACCCAACAAAUUUAAUUAGUAUUGUAGGUUCAGUGUUUGACAGUGUAAAUCGCAUUCUUGUCAAAUCAACAUGUUUCAAUCUGAUUUUGUAUGGAAUUUCCUUUUGGUGAACUUCCUGUUGCAAUGUGUGAUUUUCAUCUGCUUGUCUUGUUUGUACAUUGUAUCACCAUACACUUUGAUUUCAACAUUAUUCAGAGGCUUCAAUUCUUGGAUUAUGUGAAAAUGACAAUAAUAUCUGUGGACAGUGAUCCUGUCAAUACAAUAUGUUAUUAAAAUUACACUUCAAUGAACAUUUAAUUUCAAGGAUCAACUAAACAUCAAAAACA